GUUUUUAAUAGUUUUUAUCAUUGUCCCGUCAGUGGUCACGAAAAAUGGCGACGCUUGGCGAACGUAAUUUCUUGUGCUAAAAAUACCGUUCUAACUCCAUUGUAGGUUUUUCACUGUAAAGAUUACAUUUCGAUCAAAAAAAAGUGAGUGUUGACAUUUGAGAAUUUCGAAAUUUUGUUUUUACGAACUACAACCGUGAAAACUUACGGAAUCUUUCUUAACAUCAUUUUUGAGAGCAUAGAUCAUAAUAUGUAGGUAGGAAAUUUUAUUCCAUUCUCUCAACCGGUAUGCUCUCCAAAAUGUCAUAUGUCAGCAAAGUUAUUUUGUAAUCACCCUGUGUAUAAUUUGCAUUGCAUUGUUUGUUUAUAAUAUGACUAGUAAUUUAUGUUAAAAGACAUUCACUUUAAACUAACGGGACAUGAUGAUAUACUUAUCUCGUUUUUAUGCGUGUACAAAAUUGAAAAUUUUGUCUUUGUAAUAAGUUAUAAAAUAAGAAAAGGCCAAGUUAUUAUCAAUCAUAAAAUUACAUAAUAUAACGUUAAAUAGUAUGAAUAUAAUGUUUAAUUUUCCUGUGACUCUUGAUUUUUCCUCCAAAGUUUUUAUAUGUUUUCUUAGAUUAUGAUGUCAUCAACUUUUUUUCUUCUCAAUAAUUACCUGAGGUCGUUAAAUGUCAAAGCUCCUGUCUCCGAAAAGUGGUAAAAACAAUUCAACCAUACAUGUCCAAACUUGUGGUAUGCGGACUCGUACGCCUACCAUUCAUCCCUAAAACUUGCCUCCCAGCAUAGCCUCUACAGGUGCUUCCCUUCCCCCCCCCCACUCUUCUCCACCGCCGUCUUCUGUUUUCCUUUUCCUCUCAGUUUAUCUUGAGUACCUGAAGGGAAAAGACAUAAAGAAAAACGUGGAUGCAUGUCCGAAUGUGUUAAAAAAGUCGUUGGGAUGUUCGAAGAGAAGUUGUGUUGUCUCAUGGAAUUGUGAAUUUAUAGUUCGAAAAACUUUUGGGAUUGUGCUUUUAUGGAUUACUUAAAGAUGCAUUGGCUUACAUUUAAGAAAAAAAGUCGAAGCUUACGUAUUAUACAGAUUGGUAGUAGUCUCUGGCUUGACAAUGUUAAAGGUUGCGAGGAAGAAGCUCUUCUGCAGAGUCGACCUCUCCCAGAGAUUCCAGGUUUGCUGGAUGACUCCUCUGCUGGUCUUCCACUGAGCAUAGAAACUGCAUCACGAUGGAUGUCCAAGGAGAAUUUAUUAUUGCAAGAGGACGCUGAUCCCCAAGUAUUUGUGGCUCUGUACGAUUUUCAAUCGGGAGGAGAGAAUCAGCUUUCCCUUAAAAAAGGUGAACAAGUGAGGGUCCUUUCCUACAACCGAACUGGUGAAUGGUGUGAAGCUCAAUCGAGAACUUGUCAGGUGGGCUGGGUGCCAAGCAAUUACAUCACUCCCGUGAACAGCUUAGAAAAGCAUUCUUGGUAUCAUGGGCCCAUCUCUCGUAAUGCAGCUGAGUACCUAUUGAGUAGUGGCAUUAAUGGCAGCUUUCUUGUUAGAGAAAGUGAAAGCAGCCCUGGUCAGAGGUCUAUUUCUUUGCGUUAUGAAGGGAGAGUCUACCAUUAUCGGAUAAGUGAAGAUACAGACAGUAAGGUUUUUGUGACAUCCGAAUGCAGAUUUAACACUUUAGCAGAGCUCGUCCAUCACCACUCUAUGCAUGCAGAUGGUUUAAUAACUUUGUUGCUUUACCCUGCACCUAAAAGAAACAAACCUACAGUGUUUGCAUUGAGUCCUGAGCCUGAUGAAUGGGAAAUCGAUCGAACUGAUAUUGUAAUGAAACACAAAUUGGGUGGAGGACAGUAUGGAGAUGUCUAUGAAGCAAUUUGGAAACGAUACAAUGUUACUGUUGCUGUUAAAACGCUAAAGGAAGACACAAUGGCCCUAAAAGAUUUCUUAGAAGAAGCAGCUAUCAUGAAAGAAAUGAAACAUCCGAAUUUAGUGCAACUACUAGGUGUUUGUACACGAGAGCCUCCAUUUUACAUAAUAACAGAAUUCAUGCCUUGUGGUAAUUUAUUAGAUUACUUAAGAAAUGCCAAUAGAGACGAAAUAAAUGCAGUAGUCCUCAUGUAUAUGGCCACUCAAAUUGCAUCUGCUAUGUCUUAUUUAGAAUCACACAGCUUCAUUCACAGGGACUUGGCUGCCAGAAACUGCUUGGUUGGAGAAAAUCACUUAGUGAAAGUUGCUGACUUUGGUUUAGCAAGAUUAAUGCGUGAUGACACAUACACUGCACAUGCUGGUGCAAAAUUUCCUAUUAAAUGGACCGCUCCUGAAGGUUUAGCUUAUAAUAAAUUUUCUACGAAGUCUGACGUGUGGGCAUUUGGCAUUCUCCUGUGGGAAAUUGCCACUUAUGGAAUGUCUCCAUAUCCCGGUGUGGACUUAACAGAUGUAUACCACAUGUUAGAAUCCGGUUAUAGGAUGGAAUGUCCUCCUGGAUGUCCUCCAAGGGUUUACGAGCUGAUGCGACAAUGCUGGCAUUGGGAACCAUCAGAAAGGCCCACAUUCAAAGAAAUUCACCUUACACUAGAAACAAUGUUCCAGAACUCAAGUAUAACUGAAGAGGUUGAAAAACAGUUAGAACAACAAGCCCCACCUUCAAAUUUUAAGAAGCAUGAUGGAAGUAGUGGUAAUAUUCAAGCUCUAGCAUCUGAAGAAGUUGAACAAG